AUGGAAGGUGCAUCCACUAACCAUCAUGUGAUCAGUUCACUCGGUUCACAUGUGGAUGACAAUAUCAAACCAAUUACCAAACUAUACGAAAUAAAUUCUUGUGAUUCUACAACUUCGACGCAAAGGCAAGAAAAUAAUGAUGAUAUCAUUCUGGCUCCCGACAUAACGCAUGAGAAGGAUAAUAGCGAUAGUGAAUUGCCUUCAUAUUUAGAAGUGAUUAAGCAUGAGCCAGGACUAAAUUACAUGACUGCAUGUGAAAGCCAUGAAAAUUUACCAGCAUAUUCUUGUAGCGUUUUUAAAGCCGGUUAUGUUGUUAAAAAGGAUGAAACGGUAUCACAUGGUGUUAGGGCAAAACGUAGAACUUGGAGAAAGUUUUACCUAUGUUUGUGGGGUACAAUAUUACGAAUUUAUAAAAACAAGACACUUGAUAACAAUUGUGUAGCACCAAUACCGAUACGGGAAUUUAGCAUGAACUGCGCAAAAAUAGGAUUUGCUACCGACUAUACUAAACGAUGUAAUGUUCUCAGAAUUUAUAUCGCAACCGGUUAUCAAUUUAUAUUUCAAUCAACUAAUCUAAAUGAUUCUAUAUCAUGGAUUGAGAAGUUUCAAUCUUCUGUUAAUAUUUCAUCUUCAAUUGACGACCGAGAGAUGCCAAUGUUUAUAACUUUACUACCAAGAUUUCAAAGAAACCCUAAUAUAUUGACAUUUGAUCCUUCUACAAAUACGGGAGACUGUGAUUGUAAUGAAUUAGGUAGGAAUAAUUCAGUAUUUGUUGAAAUAUUUUGA